UCACGCAACGGAAAUGAAGAUGAUGAUCCUAAUGCGGUAAAACUGAAAACUACCAUGGAUAGUCGAUCAUAAUUGUAUGGACAAACUAAAUUAUAAACAGUGUUAACAACUUAUUUCACGUCAGCUGCAAGAAAUCUCAGAUUUUUAUCAACUCAGUGACUCUCUGCGGUGUCUUUCUUCAUUUUUGCGGAGCUAUCGUGUCUUUCUCUCCUGUCUCAACCAUGGCGCUGUGUCUUCUGUUUGGUUCCAAAAUCUGAACCGCUUUUUUCGCUUCAGAAGGUUUCAACUCAGAAAUGCAUAAAGAAAAUGGAUAAUUUUGGUUACAAUAGAUGCUAUUUGAAAUGUAUUCGAUGACUGAUUUAGAGUCAAAACCAUUAAUGAAUACUGGUCCAUUAUCCCUUUGUGAAAUUCUGGCUUCUCAACUAGACAAGGAAAAAUCAAAGUGGCAUGGAAGAAUCACGAGGUCAACAUCUACCAUCAGAUGUUCAAGAAUCUGCAUCUCCUCAUGACUCUGGAAGGCUUAAUUUAGAUGCAUAUGUAAAUCUUGGUUCUAGCUUGCCUGGCCUGAAGAAGAGAAAUCAUGGACAUGGAAGUCGAUCUUGGAUAAAGAUUGAUCAGAAUGGUGAAUCAAUGAUUAUGGAACUUGACAAGGGUACUAUAAUGAGACAUUGCUCCUUGCCCGCUAGAGAUCUGCGUCUUUUGGACCCACUUUUCAUUUAUCCUUCCACAAUUUUAGGACGAGAGAAGGCAAUUGUGGUUGGUCUUGAGCAAAUUAGGUGUAUAAUCACAGCUGAUGAGGUUAUCCUGAUGAAUUCCUUAGAUGCAUGCGUGGUCCAAUAUGAGUCCGAGUUCUGCAAACGUCUACAGACAAAUAAAGAUCAAGCGGAGGACUUGCCGUUUGAAUUUAGAGCUCUGGAAUUGGCUUUGGAAUUAACUUGCAUUUCUCUUGACGCUCAGGUAAAAGAACUGGAAAUGGAGAUUUAUCCACUCUUGGAUGAACUGGCAUCAUCAAUUAAUACUCUUAAUCUGGAACGUGUUCGUAGAGUCAAAGGCCACCUCCUCGCACUGACUCAGCGAGUUCAGAAGGUCCAUGAUGAGAUAGAACAUCUCAUGGAUGAUGAUGGCGACAUGGCUGAGAUGUAUCUGACGGAAAAGAAACAGAGGGCGGAAGCUUGUGCUCUUGGUGACUUAUUUUUUCAAAAUAAUAUCUCAGGUGAGAACAGAGUGCUUUCUAAAUCUGCACCUAUUUCACCUGUGAGAUCAGUUAGUGGGGUCCAGAAAUUGCAGAGGACGUUUAGCAGUAUAGUCACUUCAAGCAAACAUGGAAGCUUGACAAGUUCUUCAAGUAAUGAUGAAAAAGUUGACCAACUUGAGAUGUUGCUAGAAGCAUACUUUGUUGCUAUUGACAACUCCCUCAGCAAGUUGUUCUCGGUGAGGUUUUCUCAUGCUGAAUUUGGUCUUGAACCUAUCCCGCGUUGGAGCCAUGUGCUAGUUCGCCAUGCGAAGAAGGAUGCCGUGCCUCCAAAAUUUGUAUGCAUGGCUGCAAAGCCGCAGUGCGUCUGCCAAUAUGAUGUAUGGGCUGCUAGAGGAAACGUUCAGAACCAGCUGAUUCAAUUUGAGUUGCUUCUUACUGCAGCAACUUUUGUUACUACAGUAUUUGCUGUUGUGACUGGAAUAUUUGGGAUGAACUUCACAGCCUCAGUUUUUGAUUACCCAUCUGCCUUUAAUUGGGUUCUAGUUAUAACUGGUAUUGCUUGUGGGUUUCUGUAUUCUGCAUUCUUAUUUUAUUUUAGGCACAAGAAGGUCUUCCCGCUGUAGAAUGUGCUGCAAAUUGCUGCUGGUGAAUACCGAUAUUUGAUUUUUCGCAUUGAACUUGUAAUUCAUAUUCAUUGUAUUUAUUAUUAUUGCUAUUAUUUUUCAAUUUGUUUCUCCUCUUGCUGUCUUUGGUCAAUUUACAUUUCAAAAGCUUAAGGGCUGGCUA